GGAACCAGUUCCUGGUGGCUGUUGUGCAGCUCAGACAGCUCCCUGCCAGGUCACCCGCCAUGGUCCUCCCUCUGUCCUGGCUCUCUCGGUGCCAUUUCCUUCGCCUCCUCCUACCCUCCUGGUCCCUGCCACCCCAGGGUUCCCGUGGGUGCUGCUCCCAAAACCCCAAGGCAAGCAUGGAAGAGACCAGCUCCAGAGGCAAUGAGAAGACGCCGUCCCCUCCCAGGGGCCCUGGGACCCACCGCACAGCUGAGCUGGCCCAAGCUGAGGAGCUGCUGGAGCAGCAGCUGGAGCUAUACCAGGCGCUCCUGGAAGGGCAGGAAGGAGCCUGGGAGGCCCAAGCCCUGGUGCUCAAGAUCCAGAAGCUGAAGGAACAGAUGAGACGGCACCGAGAGAGCCUGGAAGGCAAUGCCUAAGCUUUCCCCAGUGCCCACAGCACCCUCUGGCAGUGGAAAUACUGUGCGCCACCCCCCCAGGAGCUUCGGGAUCAGAAACAUCCAAGCCUCUCUCAGACCAGAGAAAGCAGAAGAGACCCCCACAAAGCACAGGCAAUUAGCAGGUAGUGGGGGAGCCAGGGCUCUGCAGUCUUAAUCCCAUCUCCCUUUGACCUCACAGCAGGUCACCCAUGCCUUACAGGGAAUUUGUUUAAGACCAUGACCUAAAAUAACCUCACCCCAAAUACAAUAAAGGGACGAAGCACUUAAAGAUAC